AUGGCCCCUACUGCGAACAGCAAGCUACAGGAGAUGGCCAAAAAGCAGAGCCCAAUUCCUCUCCCAGGGCUUACUGAGAGGCAGCUCAACCACCCUGCUUUCUGGGAGCAGCACCCCUGCCCCCCACUCGGAGCCGCCAGACACCUACGUGAGAAAGCUAGAGAGAGACUUGAGCUUCGCAGUUGGAGCCCUCAGCCUUGGAGGGAGAGCAGUGCUAGGGGAGGGGGAGUUCUCUCCUUUCUCUGCGGGGAGGGGAGGGCUGCUCAGUCCAUGGAAUUCUCCAGGCCAGAAUACUGGAGUGGGUAG